UGGGGCCCUGACAUUCUGCUGCCUGACCACAUGCAUUAUUUUUGAACUGGCCCCCAGAAUCCAGCCUCUAAACCUGCCUCUUAACUAGGUGGGCCCUCAUUCUCUCCUGCUCCUCGACUGCAGCCGUGGGGACGUAACCCCCUACCCCAGAAACCGGUCUUCUCAUCCCCUGGAGGGCCCAGGAUGUCUCUGCCCUUUUAUCAGAGGUCCCAUCAGCACUAUGAUCUCAGUUACCGGAACAAGGACCUACGCACGACCAUGAGCCACUACCAACAGGAGAAGAAGCGCUCUGCUGUCUACACCCAUGGCUCCACUGCCUACAGCAGCCGCUCCUCGGCAGCACGCCGCCAGGAGUCAGAGGCCUUUAGUCAAGCAUCAGCCACCUCCUACCAGCAGCAGGCCUCACAGGCCUACAGUCUGGGAGCAUCAUCGUCCCUGUAUUCUCAAGGAUCGGAAGUCAGCCGGAAGACAGCCUCUGCAUAUGAUUACAGCUAUUCCCACGGACUUACAGAUUCCAGUCUGCUUUUAGAAGAUUAUUCAUCCAAGUUGAGCCCCCAAACAAAGAGAGCCAAGCGGAGCCUUCUGUCUGGAGAGGAGACUGGAAACCUGCCAGGCAACUACCUGGUGCCUAUUUACUCUGGACGGCAAGUGCACAUCGGUGGGAUCAGAGACUCAGAAGAAGAAAGAAUUAAAGAGGCCGCUGCUUAUAUAGCUCAGAAGACUCUUCUUGCAAGUGAGGAAGCAAUUGCGGCCUCCAAACAGACCACAGCCUCCAAACAGUCGACAGCCUCCAAACAGACCACAGCCUCCAAACAGACCACGUCCACCCUUCAGCGAGAGGAAACAUUUGAAAAGAAGUCGAGGAACAUUGCAAUUCGAGAAAAGGCGGAAGAGCUGUCACUGAAGAAAACAUUAGAAGAGACCCAAGCAUAUCAUGGGAAGCUAAAUGAAGACCAUUUCCUUCACGCUCCCGAGUUUAUCAUUAAACCUCGUUCUCACACCGUUUGGGAGAAGGAGAAUGUGAAAUUGCACUGCUCCGUAGCCGGCUGGCCAGAACCUCGUCUCACAUGGUAUAAGAACCAGGUGCCUAUAAAUGUCCAUGCAAACCCGGGAAAGUACAUCAUUGAAAGCCGAUAUGGAAUGCAUACUCUUGAGAUCAGCAAAUGUGACUUUGAAGACACGGCUCAGUACCGGGCCUCGGCGAUGAAUGUUCAGGGAGAGCUCUCAGCAUAUGCCUCAGUCGUAGUAAAGAGAUAUAAGGGAGACUUGGACGGGUCUCUCCUCCGUGGUGGGGUUUCCACGCCUCUCAGCUUUGCUGUGACCCCUUACGGUUAUGCGUCCAAGUUUGAGAUCCACUUCGAUGACAAGUUUGAUGUGUCUUUUGGGAGAGAAGGAGAGACCAUGAGUCUGGGCUGUCGCGUAGUCAUCACUCCUGAGAUAAAGCACUUUCAGCCCGAGGUCCAGUGGUAUAGAAAUGGAGCACCUGUUUCUCCAUCUAAAUGGGUGCAGCCGCACUGGAGUGGAGACCGGGCGACACUUACGUUCUCCCACCUCAACAAAGAAGAUGAAGGUCUCUACACAAUCCGUGUUCGAAUGGGAGAGUAUUACGAACAGUACAGUGCUUACGUCUUUGUUCGAGAUGCUGAUGCAGAUAUCGAAGGAGCCCCGGCAGCACCCUUGGAUGUGGUGGCUUUGGAUGCUAACAAGGAUUACAUCAUCAUCUCUUGGAAGCAGCCAGCUGUGGAUGGAGGGAGCCCUAUCCUGGGAUACUUUAUUGAUAAGUGUGAGGUGGGCACAGACACCUGGUCUCAGUGCAAUGACACACCCGUGAAGUUUGCUCGCUUCCCAGUCACUGGCUUGAUAGAAGGCCGUUCCUACAUAUUCAGAGUCCGAGCUGUGAAUAAAACUGGAAUAGGCCUGCCGUCUCGAGUUUCUGAGCCCGUGGCUGCUUUGGAUCCAGCUGAGAAAGCUAGACUUAAAAGUCAUCCUUCAGCACCCUGGACUGGACAGAUCAUUGUCACCGAAGAGGAACCUACAGAGGGUGUCGUUCCUGGCCCCCCCACAGACCUCUCUGUCACUGAGGCCACCCGGAGCUAUGUAGUGCUGAGCUGGAAACCCCCUGGGCAGCGAGGCCAUGAGGGCAUUAUGUACUUUGUAGAAAAGUGUGAUGUGGGAGCAGAAAACUGGCAGCGGGUCAACACAGAACUCCCAGUGAAGUCUCCCCGCUUUGCUCUGUUUGACCUGGUGGAGGGGAAGUCUUACCACUUCCGUGUCCGCUGCUCAAAUUCGGCAGGAGUUGGUGAGCCCUCAGAAACAACUGAAGUGACCGUCGUAGGGGACAAACUAGAUAUCCCCAGAGCCCCUGGCAAAAUCAUCCCAAGUAGAAAUACAGAUACCUCAGUGGUUGUUUCUUGGGAGGAGUCCAAAGAUGCCAAAGAACUGGUUGGGUACUACAUCGAGGCCAGUGUUGUUGGCUCUGGCAAGUGGGAGCCCUGCAACAACAACCCGGUGAAGGGCUCACGAUUUACUUGUCACGGACUGACAACUGCUCAGAGCUAUAUUUUCCGGGUCAGAGCAGUGAACGCAGCUGGACUUAGCGAAUAUUCACAGGAUUCGGAAGCUAUUGAAGUCAAAGCAGCUAUCGGGGGAGGAGUGUCUCCAGAUGUGUGGCCUCAACUGAGUGAUACGCCUGGUGGACUAACAGACUCCAGGGGGGGCAUGAAUGGAGCCUCCCCACCAACCUCUCAGAAAGAUGCAUUGCUCAGUAGCAAACCUAAUAAGCCUUCACCACCCAGUAGCCCUUCCAGCCGGGGCCAGACAGAAGUAAGUAAAGUGAAUCAAUCAGUGCAGGAGAAGCUCAGCCUGCCACCCCAGGAGGCAGCUCCCGAGGAGCAAAGUCAAUCUGAGCCCCCGAAAAAGAAGGAAGAUCCAGUAGCCGUGCCAUCUGCACCCUAUGACAUCACUUGUCUUGAAAGUUUUCGGGACUCAAUGGUUCUUGGAUGGAAGCAGCCAGAUACCACCGGAGGGGCAGAGAUUACAGGCUAUUAUGUGAACUAUCGUGAGGUGGUUGGUGAGGUGCCAGGAAAAUGGAGGGAAGCCAACAUCAAGGCCGUCAGCGAUGCAGCAUACAAGAUCAGCAACUUGAAGGAAAACACACUGUACCAGUUCCAAGUGUCAGCAAUGAACAUUGCAGGGCUGGGAGCGCCCUCCAUGGUGAGCGAGUGCUUCAAGUGUGAAGAAUGGACCAUUGCUGUUCCAGGACCACCACACAGCGUGAAGCUCAGUGAAGUCAGGAAGAACUCCCUGGUUCUCCAGUGGAAGCCUCCCGUCUACUCAGGCCGGACUCCAGUCACGGGUUACUUCGUGGACCUGAAGGAAGCCAGUGCCAAAGAUGACCAAUGGCGAGGACUUAAUGAGGCGGCCAUUGUGAACAAGUACCUGAGGGUUCAAGGCCUCAAAGAGGGUGUCAGCUACGUGUUCCGUGUACGCGCUGUCAACCAGGCAGGCGUUGGAAAGCCUUCAGACCUUGCUGGACCCGUUGUGGCUGAAACACGUCCAGGCACCAAAGAGGUUGUUGUGAAUGUGGAUGAUGAUGGAGUCAUUUCCUUGAACUUUGAAUGUGAUCAGAUGACUCCCAAGUCAGAAUUCGUCUGGUCCAAAGAUUAUGUACCCACUGAAGACUCUCCACGAUUAGAAGUCGAAAACAAAGGCAAUAAGACAAAAAUGACCUUUAAAGACCUCGGGACAGAUGACUUGGGUACCUAUUCUUGUGAUGUGACAGACACGGAUGGGAUAGCGUCAAGCUACCUGAUAGACGAGGAGGAAAUGAAACGUCUGCUUGCCCUCAGCCAGGAGCACAAGUUCCCGACUGUCCCAACUAAGUCUGAGUUGGCAGUUGAAAUUUUGGAGAAAGGUCAGGUCCGGUUUUGGAUGCAGGCUGAGAAGCUGUCUGGCAAUGCCAAAGUCAGCUACAUAUUUAACGAGAAGGAAAUCUUCGAGGGUCCGAAAUACAAGAUGCACAUCGACCGAAACACAGGCAUCAUUGAAAUGUUCAUGGAGAAGCUACAGGAUGAGGAUGAAGGGACGUACACAUUCCAAAUUCAAGAUGGAAAAGCAACUGGCCAUUCUACUCUUGUUCUCAUUGGAGAUGUUUAUAAGAAGCUACAGAAAGAAGCCGAAUUCCAGCGACAAGAAUGGAUCAGGAAGCAAGGCCCACAUUUUGCUGAGUAUUUGAGCUGGGAAGUGACUGGUGAAUGUAACGUGCUGUUGAAAUGCAAGGUGGCAAAUAUUAAAAAAGAGACUCACAUUGUAUGGUACAAAGAUGAACGGGAGAUCUCCGUGGACGAGAAACAUGACUUUAAGGAUGGCAUUUGUACCCUGCUCAUCACAGAGUUUUCCAAGAAAGACGCUGGAUUUUAUGAAGUUAUCCUGAAAGAUGACCGAGGAAAAGAUAAGAGCAGGUUGAAACUCGUGGAUGAAGCCUUCCAAGACUUGAUGACUGAAGUAUGCAGGAAGAUAGCGUUGUCUGCCACAGACCUGAAAAUCCAGAGCACAGCGGAGGGCAUCCGGCUGUACUCCUUUGUCUGUUAUUACCUGGAUGAUUUGAAAGUUAACUGGUCCCACAAUGGGACUGGGAUCAAGUACACAGACAGAGUCAAGAGCGGGGUCACUGGGGAGCAGAUCUGGCUGCAGAUCAACGAGCCCACUCCGAAUGAUAAAGGGAAAUACGUAAUGGAGCUCUUUGAUGGCCAGACUGGACACCAGAAGACGGUGGAUCUCUCUGGACAAGCAUUUGAUGAGGCCUUUGCUGAAUUCCAGAGGUUAAAACAAGCUGCCAUUGCUGAAAAAAAUCGGGCCCGGGUGUUGGGCGGUCUCCCUGACGUUGUCACCAUUCAAGAGGGCAAGGCACUCAAUCUCACUUGCAAUGUGUGGGGUGACCCGCCCCCUGAGGUGUCCUGGCUGAAAAACGAGAAGCCACUGACCUCUGACGACCACUGCAGCCUCAGGUUUGAGGCCGGGAAAACGGCCUUCUUCACCAUCUCGGGCGUGAGCACGGCAGACUCCGGCAAGUACGGGCUGGUGGUGAAGAACAAAUACGGCUCGGAGACCAGCGACUUCACCGUUAGUGUGUUCAUCCCAGAGGAGGAGGCGAGGAAAGGAGCGGCGGAGCCUCCCAAGGGCAACCAGAAGUCCAAAUGAGCAGAGACUGGGGGGAGUUUCGAGGAGAGCCAGGAACUGCUGGCCACCCAUCGUGCUGCUGUUGUGGGAUUGGGCUACAGAUGUGGAAAUCCUCCUGGUGGCUCCAUUUUGUGCUGGCGUAGGAGGAAGUCAUCAAAUCUCUUAUUCCUACACAUGAGGAGGCACCAUUGAAGGACACAUUAAGGGUUUUAAUCUACAAUUUAUGUGGCAAAAAAAAAAAAAAAAAAAAAAACAUUAGGAAAUGAUUU